AAGUUGGAGAAAGUCAGAUAUGUGUGUGUGUGUGUGUGUGUGUGUGUUGUGGGAUUAUUGACAAGCGUUGGCUAGCACUAACGUUAGACAAACUAUGAUGGAAGAAAGUGUGUUCUUUAUUAAGCAACGUUUGCCUAAAGUUCACCAAUGUUCUUUAAUAUUAUGUGUGGUGUAGGCUACCUCACAGAAAGGAGGAUGGUGCUAGGCUAGUCACACUUAACACUUCACAUUCAUUAGGCAUGCUAAUGACAUUGUAGCUGUUUUUUCUUUAAUUGUGGAGACAUCUUUUAAAAUGAGUCUACAGGACAAAUUACAUGCAUUUUAUGAAGUAGAACGUUUUUUUUCACCAUUUAUAUUAGAGGGGGAAUUAAACCUGGUGUUCUACUAAGUUAGUGCUAUGAAGCUUAGGCUACAUGAUUGAUAUUAUGACUUGGUUUAUGCGAUAGAUUUAGAUUUUUUUAAUUAUUCGUGUUUGACAGAGCAUUCAAGUUCAUUUCAUGGUAGUGUUUGUAAUUUACCUAGUUUUAAUCUGUAGCCUAACUAUGUUUUUACAGGUGUUCCUGGACAGUUUUGAAACAGAGAUGUCUGAACGCCUCAAAUAAUCAGCAGUGAAGACAACAGAGACAAAUUCUCUAAUACCAAGGUCAAUGCAUUUGACUGCUGUCCAGCCCCGGGUUGCCACCGAAAACUCUAUGCAUCUUGGACUGGAAGAUGGUGUGCUAGGUCUGGGUCACCUGUGACAAGUUUUUGCUUAACUUAUUAGGGGAUACAUUUUUCCAUCUUUGCCAUGAAGUGGAGUGCUAUUCAUCUCCUGACUUUCAUUGGGCUCACCUCUUGUGUUACAUCUGAACUCACAGGCCAAGGCCUAGAUAUUGCCUUCCUGAUGGAUGGAUCUGGGAGUGUGGGGGCAGACAACUUUAUUGUCAUGAAAACGUUUGUAAAAAAUUUGACCGCAAGUCUCCUGGAGUUUAAUACCUCUUUUGCCUUUGUACAGUACUCCUCUGGAACCACCAUCCACGUGAACUUUCAUCAGUUUCAGAGAACAGGAUGGGAAAAUCAGGUGGACAGUAUCAGCCAGAUAGGAAGCAACACAUAUACUGCAGGUGCUAUCCAGACAGUUGUGAAUGACUUGUUUGAUUCUUCUGCUGGAGCGAGACCUAAUGCCCAUAGAAUCCUCAUUGUCCUCACAGAUGGGCAAUCCUCGGAUGCGUCAACCUAUCCCAGUGCCACAGCAUUGGCUGACAGAAAAAAUAUAACUAGAUAUGCUAUUGGGAUUGGAAAUGUCUUUGACAGUCAGUCAGCAACAGAUGAACUUAGGAGUAUCGCAUCUUCACCAGAAUCAGACUACGUGUUUAAAGUGGACAGCUUUGAGGCACUGGACAAAAUCAUUAGCAGUCUGGUGAAAAGAAUCACGGUCAUAGAAGCCACAGUGAUGAGGAGGCAGAUUGUGAGAGUGGAACUGCAAGUUAACUUGACCUUUGACCUAAACAACACUGUGGUUCAGGAUGAAAUCCUAAAUCAGAUCAAACUGAAACUACAGGAGCAGGGGCUGCCAUCCAACACCAAACUGAGCUGGAUUAAGCAGCCUGAUGGACAGAUUUUCCACAAAAAGUACAAUGAGAAGAGCGUGAAAGAACAGAAGAAGAGCAAAGAUGAAUUUUGAACAGCUCUGCAAGAGAGUGGAAAGUGGAGUAUAUGAAUAUUACACAUGUAUAUUUAAUUAAUUUGGUGAUGAUAACGAUGGGUAGAAUUAGCCUGGAAAUCUUUCACAAAGUGAAUAGAGUCUGGCCACCCUUGAUUGGGAAACGUUUGCAACACUUACAUCACAACGGGCAAUAACUUUGAAAUCAUUGGUGCAGCAGCCUUAAUAGUCACAUUGA